AUGGCACAGAGAUCGGAUGAAUCAUCUACUGACCGGAGAAAAGAGUUCACGGCACCGUCAGGCACUGAACCGCAGAAUGCCAAGUUUCAAAGUUUCCUGGUGAUUAGCGAAGCGUCUGAGGAUGUUUCUCGAGGCACCACGAGAGGGGAGAAAGAUGAAAUAGUCGGAGAGGAGAAGGAGAAGGAGACCGGGAAGAUGAGGGGAGGCGACGAAAAUGGAGGAUGCGGGGGAAGUCACCAGUUCCAGCUGCUCUCGACAGGGAAGUAUGGAACGGGAAGUAUCAGUACACGGGAUGGAGGAGAAGCAGGCGCCCAAGGAGAAGUCGCUCGUGCUCGGUCCUUGAUCUCCUACAGCUUGGACCCUUUGGACCAAGUACCUGGUCAGCUACCGACCCAACAGCCCUCUGGUGCCCGAGGGCAUGAGAGAAGACCGCGAACAACCGAAGGCGACUUCCGAAUUGUAGCCGGAUCUGGGCCCUUUGGACCGACUGUUAGCCGCGGGAUCCUGGAUGAGACUGUCCAGGUCCCGGUUCAACGCAGUGGGGAAUAA